AUGGCACGAAACCGCUUCCAAAACAUCAUGCAACACCUACGCUUUGAUGACAAGUCCACCCGCUGUGAUCGAGCAAAGACUGACAAGUUUGCUGCAAUUUCCAGUGUGUGGGGAUCAUUUGUCACCAACUGCAUCACGUGCUACAACCCUGGUCUACAUAUCACCGUUGAUGAACAGCUUUUCCCAUCAAAGACUCGGUGCUGUUUCCUGCAGUAUAUUGCAAGUAAACCUGACAAGUUUGGGAUCAAGUUUUGGGUGGCUUGCGACCUAAAAUCCAAGUACAUUUGCAAUGUCUUCCCAUAUCUUGGCAAGGACCCCAAUCGUCCCACUGGGGAGAGACUUUCUGAAAAUGUCGUAAUGAGGCUGAUGGAACCAUUCCUAGACAAGGGCAGAAAUGUUACCACGGACAAUUUUUUCACAUCGCUUUCACUGGCACAAAAACUUCUUAGACGGAAAACCACCAUCCUCGGCACAGUCAACAGGAUUCGCAGGGAAAUUCCUCAAUCCACUAGACAGACAGAUCGCAAUGCAUUCACCACUCAGGUGUUUUCAACCUCUGCUGCCACGCUGACGGCGUAUGCGGCCAAACGGAAGAAGACAGUCUAUAUUCUUAGCAGCAUGCACAGCGUGGUUCAGACUGAUAACACCACCAAAAGGAAGCCAAACACUGUCACCCUUUACAACAAAACAAAGUGUGGCGUGGAUGUGAUGGACCAGAUGGUUCGGGAGUACACUGUCCGCAAAGGAACACGGCGCUGGCCAGUCGCCGUGUUUUAUAACAUGAUUGACAUGGCAGCACUGAAUGCACAUGUGCUGUAUCAAGCAUGCACCGGGACGAAGGAAAGACGGGUGGACUUCCUGGUGGCGCUUGCAACAGAGUUGGCUCGCUCUCAUGUAGCUGGGAAGAAGGCAAGAAAAGAACAGUUGCUUCGGACACAACCCUCCACAUCUAGCCCUGGAAAAAGAGCCUCGUGUCAGGUCAAACACAACUGCAAGAACAAUCAUGCCACUGUGCGAUGUGUUCACUGCAAAAGAUACACAUGUGGUAAAUGCAGACUACAGAUACCAUGGCAAAUGUUGUGGAUCUGGCAGAGGCAGCAGAUAGAUGCUGACACUAUUAAGCUGCUCUGGGACCUGGAAUCAGUCCAGAACAACCAGUUCAACAACACACCAGCGAUGAUGUCCGAGUUUCUAGGACACGACAGCUGA